GCUUACACUGAAGGAUGCACAAAAGAAUGUUCAUUAGAUUAUGAAAAAAACAAAUGGGAAAAUUUGCUACUACAGCAGAAUCCGUACGAUCGAUGGCAGAAAGUCACUAAUCCAAAAUUAUUUGAGCAAUUUAAAAAAGAAACAGAUGGAAUGGACCCUAAAUGGAUAGAUGAAAAAUGGAAUAAUGAAUGGAAUAAUAUUUCAGCGAACAAAGUUAAUGAACUAUCUUCAAUAUUUGAUCGAAGUGAUAUUUCUGAAGAAGAAAAAGGAAAAUUAAUUUUUAGUAUUAUGAAAGAACUCUCCAGUCUAUAUUUGAAAUUUAUAGACGAAUGUAAGAAAGAGAUGAGAGACAAUAAAUCAGAAUCCGAAUCUAAGAUAGAGAUGAGAGAAAAUAAAACAGAAUCCGAAUGUAUGAGAGAGAUGAGAGACAAUAAAACGGAAAUCAAAUCUAUGAAAGAUAUGAUAGACAAUAAAACAGAAUCCGAAUCUAUGAAAAAGAUGAUAGACAAUAAAACAGAAUCCGAAUCUAAAUCUGAGAAAGAGAUGAGAGAACAUAAAGCAGAAUCCAAAUAUAAGAAUUAUUAUGGAAAAAAUAAAAAAAAAAAAAAGAAAUCAAAUAUUUUGAAAUUUCUUUUUUGUAGGUUUGAUAACCAUUAA